AUCAUGAUUUACCACCGCUCAUCCCUAAUCAUUUCAACACAACAACAACACUAUUCAAAUCACAGAUAAAAUCAACACAAGCUACUAUGUCAGGAAUACCUCUAGCCGCAAUAGCGCAGACAACGCAAGCGGCACCGAGCGCCGAACGCCUCCAGCAGCUCCGGAACCUCGCGCUCGGGGACAUGGGAGGGGACUAGAGGUCCGGCCUCUUCCAAUGCUGUCCUUGCACUAGCUGCGUAUUGGGGUUCUUCGUUCCCUGUCUUAUGGUUGGCCAGACCUCGAAUCGCCUCCUCGACCCUACGGCUCUCCUCCCGGUUACGAUCAAUGCUGAUUGUCUGAUCCACGGCGUUUUGCAGUGCGUUUGCGGGUUUGGAUGGAUUUGGACCAUAUUGAAGCGAGAACAGAUCCGGACGCGCUUCGUCAUUCCUGGGACACCGUUGAAUGAUUGUUGUGUUAGCUACUGGUGCCAGUGCUGCGCCAUCAUCCAACAAGAGAACGAGGUCGUAAGACGCAUGCCGAAGCCUGUAGAUCUCUUAACGGAACAACCUCUCCCGAUACCAGAUAUGAGCAUGCCCGGGACCUCUUUAUAGCUAUCCUAUGCCCGAGCUCCCAGCGAUGAGAAUAGGAGAGCGCGUGGUC